AUGGACGCAAGCACAACCCCGACAGACAAUCCUUUGGACGACCAAAUACAGCUGGAGACAUCUAUCAUAGCCGCUCCUGACGGCGCACCUCAGCUCGAAUCCGAUGCCAACGUGGUAGCACAGACGGUCGAGCCCCCACCGGACCCUGAGCUUAGUACAGACGCCCAGCUCGAGCUGAAAGACCCGGAAGUAAGGGAUGUUGGAUGGAACAAAGAUCUCGGCCAUUUGCCCCCCACACUUGUUAACGGGCUCACGAACGAAGAUAUUUUCACCCUUAUUCGGCGAUUCAAUAAGCAAAUAUAUCACGUAAAGGCAAUCCUGGACCCGCCCCCGGGCCAGCUCGACCUCGAGCUCUCCGAGGACGAAGAGUUCUCCCCUGACAAACUCCGCGCUCAUCUCGAAAGACUGUAUAUGACCGUGAUAGUGAGCAUGGCAGCGUUCGGAAAGCAUCUCGCCCGCAUCCGCUCAUGGAACGAACCCUGCCGCACUACUGGCUUCUGCCUUGCUUACUAUCUUGCGUGGUACAGCAAUCUCCUGGGUGCACUGAUCAGUAUCACUCUUCUCGUUCUCAUACUACAUCCUCCGGCUCGUCGUAUUCUCUUUCCUCCAGCUCCCCUUUCCGCUGUAAGUACGACGUCCGGAAAUUUGCAAGUGCCCCGCGCUGGUACAAUUGGUAGCGAGGAUAGCCUCACGGGGGCCGCAGAAGCGCACAAGGGAGAAGCUGUCGAGCAAGAGGCGACAAACUUUGUGUCUGGGGUCGCGUCUUUAGCCAUUGGUGCCGCAACCGGUCAGAAGGCAGCCCCUGAUUCAGUGUCUGCCGACGAGGGCGUAAAUGGAGAGCAUGAGGAAGGCGGUGUAGGAGCUUCCUUCCCGGAGCCAACUGACCUUGCAUCUUCAACUGUUGACGCAAAGUAUGUGGCGCAUGGCGCUCGGCUAGACGGUAAACACGAUGCUACCAAGCAACAUAUGGAGAUGGCCCUGUGGGAGAAAGCUCGUCCGGUGAUGCGGAUUCUGGCUGACAUCACUGACACAUGGGAGCGGUUCAGCAAUGCACUGUCUCCUGCUCCGCCAUUCUCUCAUGCGCCACGCCUUAGGCUUGCGUCGCUUGUAUUGCCGCUCCUUUUGGCAACGACUGUCAUUCGAUCGGCGGCAUUUGUGAAGGCGGGCACGUUCGGCAUCGGAUUCGGUGUCUUUGGACAACCACUCAUGACUCGUUUUGCGCACUGGCUGACGCAGCACUUUCCAAAUUGGCGAGAGUUGCUGGAGCUACGCAGAUCGAUUCUCAAGGGAGUGCCUACGAAUGCGCAACUCACCCUUACACUGUUACGUCUUGCAGAGGCGGCCCAGACGCCAUUACCUCCGCCGCCCUCCACUAACAAAGUGACGGAUACAUCCGAUGAGUAUGCAGAUAACCCAGAAAUAGCGGUACAAGAGCACGACUACGAGUUCGAUGCGUCAAAUUAUGCGGUAGAAGGCGCAAGCCGAGAGACAGCUUCGGCUAGGGCCGUAGAUGCGGACAACGAAGACAAAGGAACCAAGCGGACUGCCAGUGGUAAAUUCAUGCGCUUCAUCAAGGGGACAAGCAAAGCUACUGUGAGUAGCGCGCUCAGCCUGGACCACGUCAAGGCAAAGCUGGGCUCGGAGGCUGCGAAGCGGCGGCUAGGCGUUGUGCCGGAAGCUAAAGCCAGCAUCGUCGUCAACGGUCCUACGGGCAGCCGGGUGGGCUUGGGCGACGGCCCAACAACGUAUGCAGCGCGCUUUCACGGGAAACGUGGCUAUGUAGUGCUUGUUACUAGUGCGGCGUCGCCGUUCGUGUCGUUCAUCUGGGAGAAAGGCCUCGGCAGGGAGCUUGCCGGUGCCGUAUUGACCGUUUCGGGCAAGACGACGGCGGGCACGGAUGCCCCGCCCCCGGUGUUUGCCAUCGCGCUUGCGGACAUUCAAGGGCUGAGGAAGGUUGGCGGGUACGGGUGGAAGGGGAAGAUGGUCAUCGGCUGGGUCCUGCAGCGGGAGGUGCUCGACGGGCUGGAAAUAGAAAAUAGAGCGGGUGAAAGCUGUCUUCUGACCGCCAUCAAAGGCAGAGACGAGCUCUUCAACAGGUUGCUUGCUGUGGGGGGGCAUAGGUGGGAAUGCUAUUGA